CUUUCCACAUCACAGGCACCCAAAUAACCCUGCUGAUACAUGACUAUAUUCGCAGUUAUCUGAAGCAGUAGCGCUGGAAGUAGAGGUGCUGAGGUGCUUCAGCAAAGAAAAACAGUGUUAUGUUAAUUAUCUCACAAUGGCUCAGAGGCAACAUGAUUAUUUCUCCUAAAAGAUUGCCGUUGUUACUGAGAGUUACCGAUAUUACAAAAGAACUUCAGUAUCGUCUAUUGGUCUUUCCAAUUUACAGCGGCAUGAGCUCAAAGUACCUUCCCGCGCCUACGAUCCGAAGGUUCUGCAUUAAUCAGAAAAAAACGUGAAUUAAAUAUAAUGGGGUUUUUUUUUUAAGUUUUCUGCUUGAGCGAUUCUCGUCUAAGAAGCUAUUCGCAAAAAACAGUAAAUCCAAGAAAUAAUAUUCCGGUGCGUCUUUGCAUGAGGAACCGUCAGCGUUGUUGGGCGGUAAGGAUCACAGCUUGCUGGAGAGCACAGAACCCAGUCCUGCAGAGAGCUUGCUAGACCUCUGUGCCCUUACCAUCUCCGGCCACCAAAUACUCUUCCGACUCCAUUUGUACAUCGAAAUACAUUAAUUACGCGUUGCAUUAUAGUUCCCAUAGACUCGGUCUUUAAUUGGGUUUAUCUAUAAUCACUCGGCGCGUGAUGCUUUACGUCGCAGGCACAAGGCAGAGGCUUUCAGCCGAUGUGGGUUUGGGUCAAGCAGUGGGUCCUGCAGUCCACAGCGAGGCUGUUCCCCUCCUCCAGCCAGCCGUCUAACCCGGGAUCGGGGCAGCUCCGUCCAUGUGCACUUUCCCUUUUAAAGCACCCCGCCUGGCUCCAGUUUCACAUGUGGUGCGGCACCUGCUUUAAAAGGGGACUGGGGACGAGAGAAGCAGCGCGUUGCCACGGCUCGCUAUUUAUAACCCUUAUCGGAGAGCUCCCUGGCGUGUCACCACAGCGACACAGAUGGCCUCCCCGGGACACAACGGCACGCUGGGCGGGCUGCCGUCCUGCACGUACAGCGAGGACUUCAAGAGACUUCUGCUGCCGGUGGUCUACAGCGUGGUGUUCGUGGUGGGUCUGCCGCUGAACGGCGCCGUCAUCCUGCGGGUCUGCCGCUCCAGCCGCGCCCUCACACGCAGCACCGUCUACAUGCUGAACCUGGCGGCCGCCAACUUCCUGUACGUCUGCUCGCUGCCGCUGCUCAUCUACAACUACGCCAGCCACGACUACUGGCCCUUCGGCGAGCUGCUCUGCAAGUUGGUGCGCUUCCAGUUUUACAGUAACCUGCAUGGCAGCAUUAUGUUCCUCACCUGCAUCAGCUUCCAGCGCUACCUGGGCAUUUGCCACCCGCUAGCUACCUGGCACCGGACCGGGGGCCGGCGGUGUGCCUGGGCCGCGUGUGCCGUCGUCUGGGCCGUGGUGCUGGCCCUGUGCGCUCCCACCCUCGCCUUCGCCACCACGGGGGAGCAGAGGAACCGGACAGUGUGCUAUGAUCUGAGCGAGCCGCGCCGCUCUGCCGAGUACUUCCCCUACGGCAUGGCGCUGACCUGCCUGGGCUUCGGCCUGCCCUUCCUGGCCAUCGUGGUCUGCUACUGCCUGAUGGCACGUGUGCUGUGCCAGGGAAGACCAGCGGCCACCGUGGCCUCGCAGGAGCGCAAGGAGAAGGCCGUGCGCAUGAUCGCCGUGGUGGUGCUGGUCUUCGCCGUCAGCUUCCUGCCCUUCCACCUGACCAAGACGGCGUACCUGCUGGUCCGUGCCCUCAAGGGGGCGCCGUGCCACGUGCGGAACUUCUACUCGGUGGUGUACAAGAGCACGCGGCCCUUCGCCAGCAUGAACAGCGUCCUGGACCCGAUCCUCUUCUACUUCACGCAGCCUCGCUUCCGGAAGAGCACACGGACGCUGCUGCAGAGGAUCACCACCAUGAGGGACGUGACACCCCAAGUGUGAGGCCUGGGGGGGGCAGGGGCGUGGCCCUGCAAGAUGUAGCUGGUACUUAAAAUAGCCACCUUGCGCUCAUGUGGGCAAAGGGAGACCAAAGUUAAGUCAGUAUCCAUCCAUUCAUCCAUUUUCUGCAACUGCUUGUCCUGUUCAGGGUGGUGGUGGUGGGGGGUCUGAAGCCUAUCCCAGAGGCUACAGGCACAAGGCAGGGAACAACCCAGGAUGGGGUACC